GCUGGUUGCUAAGAGACGCGUUGUGUCCAUGUUGCCGAGGCACACGGAAGAAGGUAUUCAAGCAUAGACGGUUAAAAACAUUUUUUUAGAAGCUUAUUUGACAACAUUAAGGAAACAAAGGAGUUUACCGGCUGUACUGGGAAGUCGUCUUCUGUAAUGGUGAAGUUGAGGGCGAGAUGUCUGCUUGUCGGAGAUGCUGCAGUGGGGAAAAGUGCCCUCUGUCAUAUGUUCCACAGUGAUGGUACUCUCUUCCAGAAGAACUACAGCAUGACAACAGGAGUGGAGCUGCUGAUGAAAUGUGUCAACAUCCCCGAGACCAAUGACAGUGUGGAGCUCUACAUCAUAGACUCUGCAGGGAAGGAGACAUUAGUGGAAGCCUGUGAGAAAAUGUGGGGCACGCCGUCACUGCUGUGCCUGGUUUUUGACCUGACCAGCGAGCAGUCUUUUGCGAGCUGCAGCCAUUGGAUGGAGAGAGUCCGUUCCCACUGCCAGGGCCUGCAUGUUCCAGGUGUCCUUGUGGGUAACAAGUCAGACCUGUCCGCUCGGAGGGAGGUGCAGGGAUCCGCGGCCCAGGAAUGGGCCGAGAGCCAGGGGUUGGAGUACCAUGAAACAUCUGCUAAGGAGAUGGAGAACUGUGAUGCACCGCUCCUCUCUUUAGCCCGGGCCUUUCACUCUCUCUACCAAGAACAGCGUGAGACCAUCCAAAACCUGAGUCUAGGCUAGACCUUCCCCAGUCUCACACACACACACACCUGUACAUUUCACCAGUAGGAGAGCAGACUGUGGGCUUUCAUUCAGAGAAUUUAAAAAAGCUUAGGACUAUAAAAGCUUUAUGGAUAAUACAUGCGAGGAUGUGACAUGUAUUUUCUUUUGUAGCGGCGAGGCCAGCAGGGAAAGGCUUGUUCAGAAUGAUAUUUUCAUAUGACUGUGAAUAAAAUGGUUUUUCUAUGAUAA